AUGGAUGCACAGUCACAACGUGUAGCUAGAUGGUUGGAAGAGACGGACGAAGAGGAGGAGAAUGAUUUGGAGGACCUGCCGAGUAGCGAAGAUGAAGAAGAUUGUUGUUUAGAAGAAAGACACGAUUCUGAGUCGGAGCAAGAAAGCGAUGUAGGGGAACAGAUAAUCCCAGAUACUCCAUCUGCAUUGCAGCCGUUAUCAGAGUCAAGCUCAGACGAGGAUGUUCCAUUGGCCAAUUUAAGGAUUUACAAAUCUAAGUCAGGUCUUGAAUGGCAGGCCACACCAUACAGAACUAGCUAUUGCGGGUACUUCACGUACAAGAAAAAGGAGUUUGUAAUGAAUUAUGCUGAAAACAACAGUGAUUUGGAAAGAGAAUUAUUCGCCGAAAGUGACAGUGAUGAAAUUUAUUAUCCCGACUAUGAUGAAGAGGAGUUAUCGUCGGAGGAUGAUUGCCAGCCGCCUACGUCAUUUUCUGUAACUGAUAUCAGUUUACGUAGCCCUGUACAAAAACUGCCACAGUCCUCACCCUCGCAAUCGCCACCUCAUCAUCAAGAUGAUGAUCAGACAACUGAUAAACCCUCUGCUGAAGAGUCCACUUCUCACUGGACUUCUGAAGAAGAAAAGGGAUUUCUGAAAUCCCUCGGGUCGCCUACUCCUGACGACGACCAGCUCCACACAGAAAUCGGUCCAGACUCGCGAUCCUGA